UCCCAUGUGACACCCCAAGGUGCCUUUGAGGAAAGCUCUCUGGACCUCCUUAUGGGCUGACGGAGAAGUGGGCUCCCCACACCCUCUCUGUCCCCAGCUGAGAUUAUGGUGGAUUUGGGAUACAGCCCAGGCCUGGGCCUCCUGCUGCUGACCCAGCCCCGGAGGCGUUAGCAAGAGCCCUGUGCCAUCCACCCCCCAGAGACCACCCCUCCUACCAGGGGCCUGGAGCUGGCGAGUGACUAUGCGGCUUGGGCUGUGUGUGGUGGCCCUGGUUCUGAGCUGGAUGCAUCUCGCUGCCGGCAGCCGGGGGAUCAAGGGGAAGAGGCAGAGGCGGAUCAGCGCCGAGGGGAGCCAGGCCUGUGCCAAAGGCUGUGAGCUCUGUUCGGAGGUCAACGGCUGCCUUAAGUGCUCACCCAAGCUGUUCAUCUUGCUGGAGAGGAACGACAUCCGCCAGGUGGGCGUCUGCUUGCCGUCCUGCCCACCUGGAUACUUCGAUGCCCGCAACCCUGACAUGAACAAGUGCAUCAAAUGCAAGAUCGAACACUGUGAGGCCUGCUUCAGCCACAACUUCUGCACCAAGUGUAAGGAGAGCUUGUACCUGCACAAGGGCCGCUGCUAUCCCGCCUGUCCCGAGGGCUCUGCGGCUGCCAACGGCACCAUGGAGUGCAGCAGCCCUGCACAAUGUGAAAUGAGCGAGUGGUCUCUGUGGGGGCCGUGCUCCAAGAAGAAGAAGCUCUGUGGCUUCCGGAGGGGCUCGGAGGAGCGAACACGGAGGGUGCUGAACGCCCCUGGGGGGGACCACACCGUCUGCUCCGACACCAAGGAGACCCGGAGGUGCACGGGGCGGAGGACGCCCUGCCCGGAGGGGCAGAAGAGGAGGAAGGGCAGCCAGGGCCGGCGGGAGAAUGCCAACAGGAACCCUGGGCGGAAGGAGAACAAGGAGGCGGGUGCCGGCGCUCGGAGACGCAAGGACCAGCGGCAGCGGCAGCAGCAAGGGACAGCGGGGCCGGUCACCUCUGCGGGGUCCACCUAGGGACACUGUUCAGCCUCCAGGCCCGUGCAGAAAGAGUCCAGCACUGCUCUGUGUGAUGAGAGCUUUACCGAACUCGAGCACUGGGGGCAAUGCAUACACACACUCUCCAUUCAUACACUUACACACAGAUACGUGCACACAGACCCCAUGUCCAAACG